AUGGGUGAAAUCAGAAUGGAUAAAAUUGAUAUUUCAUAUGAUAAAAAUUAUAAGAUAUAUGCUGGUCAAUCAAUUUACAUAUAUCCUAGAGGAAGGAUUGAACAUUAUAUUAAAACUCGAUCAAAAGUUGUAAGAUUAAGUAAACCUUGGGAUGUGGAGCAACCAAAAUGUGUUUUAGAAUUAGAAAAUAACAUAAAAGCUACAAUUUUACCUACAUUAGGAUCAUUAAAUUUUGUUAAAUAUAAUCAACAUAAUAAAAUGUUUUAUCAAUUUAUUCAAAAAAAAGACUUUGAUAAAAAGCAAGAAUUAAAAUGUUUAUCAAAAGUCGAAGGUGAAAAUAAAGACCAUCUUGAUGAAUUUUAUUCUAAAGCUGCUGAAUUUACUAUAAUAAAUUUUAACAAUAAAAUAAAUAUUUCUAAAAAAAUAUCAAAUGAAAUAAUUUUUGAUAGUUUUAAAAUGGACAAUUUUGGAGCAUACAUUUGUAAGGAUUCUAACUACACUAAAUUUUACAAUAAAAAUAUCAUAUCACUUGAAAAAAUUUAUUUUAUACCUGAAAAUGGGACUGAAAUAAUUUUAAAUGAUGUUAAAUUAGAAGGAAAUAUAAGUCAAUACGCUGGAUGCCAACGAUCAUAUAAACCAUUUUCUAGUACAAUCAAAAUUAAAGUAGACUUUAUAGAAAACAAUAAAUCUUCUACAGUUAUUGGUAAAUUUCCUACAUUAUCAGAAGGGAUAGAAAUUGAAAAUAAUCAAGUAAUUUAUAAAGACUAUGGUAAUAUAACAAAUAUAACAAUUCAAUGUGAAUACGAAACAGUUUUUAAUACUAUUUUUUCUACAAAACAAAAUUUUAUAUUUUAUGAUAGAAAAUUUAUUAGAUACAAAACUAAAGUUGUAAAAGAUUCUAAUAAUUCACAAUCCUUCUUCGACAAAGCAUCAAAUUCAAUGUUAUAUAUAAUAUCAUUUGUUUUAAUUGUUAUAUUUUUCUGUACAGUAAUUGUUAUUAUUGUAGUAGUAAUGAAAAAAAGAAAAAAAAGAAAAUUAAAGACAAAAAAAGGUAUAAAUAAAUCAGAUGUUUCUUUAUCGAAUUCUCUUUCAUCAGCAUCAAUUUCAACUUCAAGUCAAAUUUUAUCUCAAUCAAAUGAUUUUAGUAAGAAUGUUUUAAAAAAAAAAGGGAAAAAAAUUUCUAAUGGAAAAAUUACUUCUAAAAUAUCAGAUUUAUCAACUACUACAGAGAGUGCCUCAUUAAGUGUAUCAGCAGCUAUUGAUAAAAAAAAAGGAAGUAACUAUUUUUCUAAUGAUAAUAAAUUUAGAAUUACGGCCAAAUAA